CCAUUUUGUUAGCUAGCUUGAGGUUGGAGCCGUUAGCCGUGUAGUGCUGCAAAUAUUCACUGUUGUCUGACGAUUUUGUACUUAGGUUUCACCGAGAAAUAUAACGUGUCGAUGUUUUUAUUUACGUACAAGUUUCGGCUACACGCUCGUAUAUAAAAGGAGGACGCGUGUAUUUGUUGACAGUAAGCACAGCGCGAAUCUGGAUGGUCAUUCAUUUUUCAAGCCGUCUGAGGUUUGCUAGCUUGUUAGCUAGCUGGCUAACUCGUUUACGCGUGUUAUCAGCAGAGGGGAACAUACAGAGUAUUGAAGGCCCCAAAGGUAUUAAAUGUUACAGAGCUGUGGAGUGAGUGUUAGCGUUUCACACAGUUUGUCUGUCUGCGUUUGACUGCUCUUGCAUUUUAGUUGCGUCACAUAGGAACAGAAAUAAACUUCAGCCGGAGUCGACACUGCUAACUCGCGUGCAUCAUUCUGUUAUUUACUGGUAACUUGAGCUUCAUCCGCUGAUUUCACUCAGACCAGCGCUCAAGCUAUUCAGAGACCAUGUCAGAGUUGUAUAUUCGUGUGGCUGAGGAUGAAAACGAAGAGCCCAUGGAGAUCCCCUCAGAGGACGAUGGUACUAUUUUGCUGUCCUCGGUAGCAGCGCAGUUUCCAGGGGCGUGCGGGCUGCGGUACAGGAACCCGGAGUCCCAGUGCAUGAGGGGAGUCCGGCUUGUGGAGGGUGUCCUGCAUGCACCUGAGAACGACUGGGGAAACUUGGUCUACGUCGUCAAUUACCCUAAAGAUAACAAAAGGAAGAUGGAAGAAAUAGACGCCGCCUCAGCUGUGAAAGUAAAAAGGGGCUUUCAGAAGACAUCAGAUCUCAUUGUCCUCGGGCUGCCGUGGAAAACAACAGAGCAAGACCUGAAAGAUUAUUUCACUACCUUUGGGGAGGUCAUCAUGGUGCAGGUCAAGAGAGAUGCAAAGACUGGUAACUCAAAAGGGUUUGGGUUUGUCCGGUUCACUGAAUAUGAGACACAAACGAAAGUGAUUGCUCAGAGACACAUGAUUGAUGGACGAUGGUGUGACUGCAAACUUCCCAACUCAAAGGCGUGUCCUGAUGAGCCCAUGCGGAGCCGUAAAAUCUUUGUUGGCCGCUGUACAGAGGACAUGACAACUGAUGAACUGAGGCAGUACUUCAUGCAGUAUGGCGAAGUCACUGAUGUCUUCAUCCCCAAACCUUUCCGGGCAUUUGCAUUUGUCACGUUUGCAGAUGACCAGGUCGCCCAAGCCCUGUGUGGAGAGGACUUGAUCAUCAAGGGCAUCAGUGUGCACAUCUCCAAUGCCGAGCCCAAACACAAUAAUAGUAGGCAAAUGAUGGAUCGAGGGCGGUUUGGGGCUGGUGGGUUCAGUCAGGGCUAUGGCAGUAAUCGCGGUGGGCUAGGCAGCAGUAGCGGUGGGGUUAACUUUGGGGCUCUCGGUCUUAACCCAGCAAUGGUGGCUGCUGCCCAGGCAGCGCUGCAGAGCAGUUGGGGAAUGAUGGGCAUGCUGGCUAACCAGCAAGGUCUGACUACAACAGCAGGCACAGCCACUACAACCCGAGACCAGACCUAUAGCUCUGCAAGCACCAGUUACAGCAGUCCCAGCUCAGCUAGCCUCGGUUGGCCUGCAGGCACUAACACCGCCUCCAGCAGUGGCUUCGGCACUUCUGGCUUUGGCAACUCUAUGGAGUCAAAGUCUUCUAGUUGGGGAAUGUAGAUAGCUUCAAGUUGACCUUUUCUGUUGCUAUUAGGCUAAUCUGGUAAGUAUACAUAAUACAGCUGGGAACUGCUUAUAUCUUAUGUUCCUAUUAUUUAAAAUACACUGCCUUUUAUUUUGUUAAAGAGAAAAUGUAUACUUGUGUGUGACUGAUUAUGUAGUCAUGCAUUGAGUGGGUGAAAAAUUUAGUUUUAGUGGAGACUGCCACAAUUUUUUUUGUUUGUUUUUAAGAAAGUUAUGCAGAGAUGAUGCAUGCAAGAUAAAUAUUUAUAAACAUGCACGAGUAUCUCGAGAGCCCCCACAGCCCCUUGUAAAAAUGGGCUUGAUAUAAUUAUACAUCUUUAUACAUCUGUAUGCAGUUGAUUGCAUCUUUUUGUUUGUUUUUUGUUUGACAUCUUUUGGAAACGCCUUCAUGAAAAUCUCUUCUGCAGUUCACCAACUCUUUCCCAAUUUCCCGGGAGGAAGCGCCUCAUUGGCAGCAAUGUUCGACAGAUCUCAGUAUCAAUUCCCCUCCUCCCAUGUGUAAAUGCUUUGUCAUCAAAGAACACAGCUUCACUCUGCAUAUACUGUGUUAGACGGUGGGUGUUGUCUUUUUUUCCUCUCCCCUUUUUAUGGAUAUAAAAAUCUUGUCUGCUCUUGUCGCAUUUCGAGAUCAAUGAGUGGGAUUGGUGUUGGACCGAGUGCGAGUGAGCGAACGGAAGAGAAAAAUGAAAGAAAGCAAGUGUGAGAAGGACUGCUUGUGCACAUUUUCUUUUUUUUUUUUUUUUUUUUAAAGAGCCAAAUGCCUGCGAGAGUUGAGAAGAACCUGUGGCUUUGUGCGAGUGUGAGAGGAAGAAGCAAGUACGAGUGUGUUCCUAAUGGCCAUCACAAGGACAUUUAUUGCAUCUCGAGAUCCCUAGGGUCUCGGCUUUCUCUCAUCGUUUUCUAUCACCCUUAAUUCUUUAAUAACAAUGAAAUGUCAAGUGCUAUGAGUAUUUGUAUCUUUUCGUAGCUUUCUCUUGCUGUAUGAUUUGAUGUGAAUGCUCUGUCUGGUUGUGUGCUUUAUUUUCUCCUUGUUACCACCCUCUGUGUGUGAAAAUGUGACUGGUGAAGUCUGUGUGGGGGAAAACACUGAAAGUAUGUUGAAGUUUGCAAGUGAGCUCAGAGGUUUAUGUGGUGAAUGUUUGUCAAGUUCCCAUUGAAAGUUUGUGUUUGAAGUGGUUUCGAAUGCAUUUUCUAUGUUUUGUGAAUCAAAGGGAAGUCUGAAAUAAAACUGAAUUUGACUAGGUAUGAUA